AUGUGCCAGGGCUCCAAUGGCUCCAAGUACAUUGGCAGGCCUUUCUGCCAAGGUCCCUCUCGGGACAGCCAGGUGAGGGUGAUGGAGAACACAGUGACCAGUGCCGAGAAGUACUUCAGCCAAUUCUGCUCGCUGCUGGCCGCCUACACCCGCAAGACGGCCCGGCUGCGGGACAAGGCCGACCAGUUGGUCAAACAGCUCAUCGACUUUGCCAACACUGAGAACCCCGAGCUGCGGGCCACCAUGAGGAACUUCGCCGAGGACCUGGCCAAAGUGCAGGACUACCGUCAGGCCGAGGUUGAGAGGCUGGAGACCAAGGUCGUCAACCCUCUGAAACUCUACGGGGCACAGAUAAAGCAGACCCGGGCUGAGAUCAAGAAGUUCAAAGGUAUCCGAAACCAUGAGAUCAAGCAACUGGAAAAGCUGGAGAAACUGAGGCAGAAGUCACCCUCAGAUCGGCAGAUGAUUGGGCUGAGGGGUGGGUCCCCCAAGGGGCUGCCUGGCUUAUCCUGGAUCCUUAACGGUGGCCACUUCAGUCCCAGCCAGGCAGAGACCAGUGUGCAGAGGGCCUCGGUGGAUGCCAGCCGCACCACGCAGCAGCUGGAGGAGACAAUCGACGCCUUCCAGAAGCAGAAGCUGGAGGACCUGCAGAAGAUUUUCUUGGACUUUGUAACCAUUGAGAUGGUCUUCCAUGCAAAAGCGGUGGAGGUGUAUUCCAGCGCCUUCCGGACCCUGGAGAACUACGACCUGGAGCGAGAUCUAGAGGAUUUCAGAACCAAGAUGCGCGGAGUACAUGGCCAUUACAACGCUCGGCCACUUGCGGACACCAACACUUCUGCUGUCCCGUGGGCCCUCACAAGCCAGAGUGCUCGGAGCACCGUCCAGAGCCAGAGGAAAGAAGAGGGGACAAGUGAGGAUGGCUCCAUGGAGGAGGACAUGGUGGAGGAGCUCAGCGGACAGGGGCGGGAGCAAGGCCGUCACAAGCAGGAGAAGGCUGUCCCAUGA